GCAAAAAGAACACGACAUCGUAUUUUCUUGAGUGUGGCGAGACAUCCUUUUGUUUCUCACCUUUCCGUCUGUCCUUUUCGCGACACUUUCAGGCUUACAACAUUCUCUUUUGGAGUCUACGUACUGAAACACCAACACCAUGUCUACGACAACGCGCCCCAAGAUCCCGCCAGUCGUGAUGGACAACAUUACGCAGCAGAUUGGCAACACGCCACUUGUGCGUCUGAACAAGAUCCCACAGUCUCUCGGCAUCGAAGCCACCGUCUACGUCAAGGUUGAGGCCUUCAACGCCGGCGGCUCCGUCAAGGACCGCAUUGCCCUGCGCAUGAUUGAAGCCGCUGAGAAGUCAGGACGCAUAAAACCUGGCGACACACUCAUUGAGCCCACCUCCGGCAACACUGGUAUUGGUCUUGCCCUGGUGGCCGCCGUCAAGGGCUACAAGACCAUCAUUACUCUGCCCGAGAAGAUGAGCCCGGAAAAGGUCGCGGUCCUGAGGGCGCUGGGCGCUGAGAUCAUCCGUACACCUACCAGCGCAGCUUGGGACAGUCCUGAGAGCCACAUUGGUGUUGCAAGGAAGCUCGUCAAGGAGCUACCCAAUGCGCACAUCCUCGACCAGUACACGAACGCUGACAACCCGCUCGCCCACGAGUUUGGCACCGCUGAGGAGGUCUGGGAGCAGACACAGGGCAAGGUCACAGCACUUGUCGCUGGCGCUGGUACUGGUGGCACUAUCACUGGUCUGGCGAGGGGUCUGAGGAAGCACAACAAGGACGUCAAGAUCAUUGCUGCCGAUCCCCAGGGCAGUAUUCUUGCGCUGCCUGAGACGCUGAAUCAGGAUCACAUCAACGAGGGAUACAAGGUUGAGGGUAUUGGUUAUGACUUCAUUCCUGAGGUUUUGGAGCAGCAGAUCGUUGACAAGUGGUACAAGACCGACGACCGCACAGCCUUCCAGUACGCAAGGAGAUUGAUCUCUGAGGAGGGUAUUCUCUGUGGUGGUUCGUCUGGCAGCGCUAUGGACGCCGCAGUCAAGGCUAUCAAGGAGCUCGGUCUAGGCAAGGACGAUGUCGUAGUCGUUAUCCUGCCCGACAGCAUCAGGAGCUACCUCAGCAAGUUCGUCGACGACGACUGGCUUGCCGCCAACGACUUGCUUCCCGAGACGGCUGCUGACACACCCGAAGCCGCAAACGUCACGCGUCGCCUCUCGCUCAGCAAGAACAACAAGAACGACGCUUUCCACAGCGCCACGAUCGCCUCGUUACGCCUCAAGCCUGUCACAACCGUUCCUGCCAAUUCUCCCUGCAGCGAAGCCAUCGAGACCAUGCGCGAGAAGGGCUUCGACCAGCUCCCCGUCUCCACAUACUCCAGCGCCGGCAAGCAGAGACUUGUCGGCCUCGUCACUUUGGGCAACUUGCUCUCCUACAUCGCAUCUGGACGCGCAACCCCGAAGUCGAAGGUCGAGGAUGUCAUGUUCGACUUCCGCAAGCUCAACGAAGUUGUCAAGGAUCUCGGCAGACUACACUUGGACGGCGAGGGUACCAAGGUCGGCAGCAGGAGGGAGUUCGUCGAGAUCACAAGGGAUACUAAGCUCAGUGAUCUGAACAAGUUCUUCGAGUGGAACUCGGCAGCCAUUGUCACCGAGAAGGUUGAUGGUGAGACAAGGGCAGCGGCUGUUGUCACCAAGGUCGACCUUUUGACAUGGAUGAUCACUCAGAAGAGCACUGACGGCCACUAGACGAGGAAGAGAUAGAAGUAGAUGGUCUCUAUGGGAGCUACAUUACACGGAGCAUGAAGAGGUGGAUCUGCAUUUUGCCAUAGCACGGAGUUUUAGGUUGAUACCAUUCAUCUGACUUCAUUAAGUUAGCAGAUGAAAGUUGCAGAUUUUAACAUCUGCAACACAACAUAAUUCAAAACAGUUCAUCAC